UUCGCUGUGUUUUCGAUUCGUAUUGUAUUACUUCGAAUGCGGGCCAACGGUUAAUUUUCAACCGUGUGCGCCAAGCGCCUGGUCCGGUGGCGGCACAUGCGCGACACGCCGCAUUUCUGUAGCAGUAGACACGGAGCAAGUGUAUCGCGUGGGCACUGCGAACGUCAUGCUGGUUUGCCGACUUUAGACGUCAGGGCACAUAUAGGUACACGUUUUGCGAAUUAUCAAUCGUCGAUUGGUGCACCAACUGCCGUUCAAGUGCGCUCGUGUGUGUGUGUGUACAUGUGUCGGUGAAUUUAUACUGCGGACGAGCGGCGCGAACUACUUGACGUGCAGGCGACGAUGACUUCGAGGUCUAAUAAUAACAAUAUUCGGCUGGCCGUGCUGUCGGGCGGAUUCGCCACGGCGGGCGGAGUACUCGGCAAAUACGGCAUGGACAUUACGGUCGAGGAUACGUGGAGCCUGCUGGCCAAGUGCCUGCUGCUGGCAGCGAUGAUCAGCAGCAACACCCUGGGCUGCACCAUGUACGUCAAGUCGCUGGCUGCCUCGGCCUCGUCCCUGCCCUGCACGAUCACAAGCUCGAGCGUCAACUACUUUUGCUCGGCGAUAUUGGGUAUGCUGUUGUUCGGUGAGACGACCUCGCUGUACUGGUGGUCUGGCACAUCUCUGGUGCUGCUUGGCUUGCUGCUCAUCUGCAACGCGCCGCCAACGACUACGACGAGCGAAGCCAACUGCAACAAUCGCGUCGACGACGACGACGACUCGACUCGUGCCAAUGCGCCGCGCCGCGGCAAGCAAGACUAGACGGAGGACUACUAGCAGCGAUGAGCCGCGAUACUACUAUAUAUACAUUAUGAGCGAGCCGUGACGCCGCGCGCGCUACGCUACGCUUCUGCGCCUAUACAUAUAUAGACACCUCUUUAUUCAUAAUUAAUCCGGUCGUCGUGUGUGCCGGCUUUCGCUGCUGCGUAUGUUUUAUGAAUGCAUAAAAGCUGCGUGUCUAUUCCAUGUACUGUUCUGCGUUGCGGUACUUCUGCCGUAUAUGUAUGCGGCUCUUUUUUUUUAUUUAUUGUACGCGUGCAAGGGCCUUCAUACAUUUCUAUCGCAUUGUAUAGAGAAGAAAAAAACGAACGCAGAGCGAUAUACUUUUAUAUUCUUUUAUACACGCAUCGCGUU